UUCUGAGAGUCUGAAUAAGUGUUAGAGGAUAUUUCUGCAGAAGAUAGCCCAUGUUGUUCGGCACCUUUAGCAUCCUACGCUCACAGUUUCCCGGGAGCUCGUCGGCGCGUUACCUGGCAACGUGGACACGCGCUGAUUGGACGGUUGUGAGUGAGAGGACAGCGGGCAGAGAGAGGGCUGGAAACUGCCUCUGACACUCAGCAUGUAAACAUUAAGCUACAGACUGCCCCGCUGCUUAUUAACACACUACAGUAAGGGAUACAGGGCGAGCUCAGCGCGGGGCUGUGCAGUCUGCUGACCACUACCGAGGGGAGAAGGCAGAAAGGGCGGAAAAUAAGUUAUAACUAUGGGCCCGAGAACCGCAACGGGAUGAGCUAGCGAGCCUACCAGCGUUAGCCUAGCCACCCGGCUAGUUGCAGUGUUCCGGAAACAUGGAAUUUAUCGGCCAAAAGGAAUGCCAGAUCUGCCAUAAUGGAAUAGUGGAUUAAAAUGGAAGAUAAUUGACUUUGAAAUGUUGUUGAGGAGCCGAGCUACAUCCCUGCAAGAAUUUGAUUCAGAGGACGAUGGAAGAGACCCAGGCAUGCACACCUUCAGUCAUGCACAUAUGAGGAAAGCCUUUAGGUUAAUGAAUGACCUGAGAAGCAGAAAGAUGCUCUGUGAUGUGCUGCUAGUAGCUGGAGAAGUGGAGAUUCCGGCACAUAAAGUUGUCCUUGCUUCUUGUAGUCCCUACUUCUGUGCUAUGUUUACAGGUGAAAUGAGUGAAAGUAAGGCUCCUCGUGUUGAAAUAAGGGAUGUGGAAGGGCAGAUCCUCAUGAAACUGGUGGACUACAUUUAUACGGCUCAGAUCGAAGUCUCAGAGGACAAUGUUCAGGUUCUGCUGCCAGCAGCCAGUUUGCUGCAGCUUCUGGAUGUGAGGCAGGUGUGCUGUGAGUUCCUGCAGGCUCAGCUCCAUCCCACCAACUGCCUCGGCAUCCGCGCCUUUGCCGACCUGCACGCCUGCACUGACUUGCUCAACCAUGCCCACGCCUUUGCUGAGCAGCAUUUCUCAGAGGUCAUGCUGGGAGAGGAGUUCAUGGGUCUUUCCUUACAGCAAGUGUGCAGCCUUAUCUCUAGUGACAAACUAACUGUGUCUACAGAGGAGAAGGUUUUUGAAGCCAUGAUCGCAUGGAUAAAACAAGACAAGGAGGCACGUCUAGAGCACAUGCCAAAGCUCAUGGAACAUGUUCGACUGCCACUAUUAUCCAGAGAUUACCUGGUUCAGAUUGUAGAAGAGGAGGCCUUGAUCAAGAACAACAACACGUGUAAGGACUUUCUCAUUGAAGCCAUGAAAUACCACCUAUUACCUGCAGACCAACGACACCUGAUAAAGACAGACAGGACACGGCCACGCACACCAGUCAGCCUGCCUAAGGUUAUGGUUGUGGUGGGUGGUCAGGCUCCGAAGGCCAUUCGCAGCGUUGAGUGUUACGACUUCCAGGGCGAUCGGUGGUACCAGGUGGCGGACCUGCCUUCUAGACGCUGUCGAGCAGGUGUGGUGUUCAUGGGUGGUAAGGUCUAUGCAGUGGGGGGCUUUAACGGUUCACUGCGUGUGAGGACGGUGGAUGUGUAUGAUGGCGUGAGGGACCAGUGGAGUGCUGUUCCCAGUAUGCAGGAGCGGCGCAGCACCUUGGGGGCGGCUGUGCUGGGUGAUCUGCUCUAUGCUGUUGGUGGUUUUGAUGGCAGUACAGGCUUGUCCUCAGUGGAGGCGUACAAUCCCAAAACCAACGAGUGGGUGUUUGUAGCUCCCAUGAACACCAGGCGGAGCAGUGUGGGUGUAGGAGUGGUGGAUGGGAAGCUGUAUGCAGUAGGUGGAUAUGACGGGGCCUCGCGGCAGUGUCUUAGCACUGUGGAAGAGUAUAAUCCUGUCAGUAAUAAAUGGGGCUACGUGGCUGACAUGAGCACCAGGCGGAGUGGAGCAGGAGUUGGAGUCCUAAAUGGGCAGCUGUAUGCAGCAGGAGGACAUGAUGGUCCCCUGGUGAGGAAGAGUGUGGAGGUGUAUGAGCCAGCCACAAACACCUGGAGGCAGGUGUGUGACAUGAACAUGUGCCGAAGGAAUGCAGGAGUAUGUGCUAUAAACGGUCUGCUGUAUGUGAUCGGUGGAGACGAUGGCUCCUGUAAUCUGUCCUCUGUGGAAUACUACAACCCUGCUACAGAUAAAUGGAGCCUUAUACCAACCAACAUGAGCAAUGGACGUAGUUAUGCAGGGGUAUCAGUUAUUGAUAAACCAUUAUGACUAAGGGCUCUGGUGAGCAGGGCCCCAUCGACAUGCGAAGAGAAUGGCUGUGGCAGACAGACAGUCAUUUGAAACCAGUCUGUGGGAGGAGGCGUGUUUGUCACGCUGACCCUGUGUUCACCAUGAAAACUGCUUAAAGCACACGAUCAUGCAGACUGACCACCAAAACUGGAGCUCAGGCGCGCACAGGCCGAGCCCUGUGGCCUCUGCUCUCCAAACAGUGCCAUUUAACGCCGCUGAUUACCCGAGAGGCCGCACAUCCCCCCUGCUUGUUUGCAUCAGCUCACAGCCGGACUGAAUGAGUUCUCAGUUUAAGUGGCCUGACCGAGCGGAGCCAGUGGGUGCUAAAGGAUGGUUUAAUGAAGUGAGACAGCAGGGGCUGGAUUGGUGUGUGAAACUGAGCUACAGAGCACGCCAAUUCCCCUGCUCUACUACUGAUUUGCAACACUGAGGAAUCCACUGCCUUUCUUUCAUUCAGUUUUCCUGGAAAAGCGGUGAAGGCGUUCAAGGUCAGAGCCUAAAAAAACGGGUCCAGGAGAUCUGCAGCAACAAGUACAGUAUUUACUCACUCACAAUCAUGGCAACUGACCUGCCUCAACACCUGCUCAUCCACCAGGACAAGCUUCUGUCACUGCAUAUCAUUCCCAGAAGAACACCAUCAAACUGGACCAGAAUCGAAAAAACCACACUAGUAUUACUCUGCUCAUGUUCUCAUAAAGGGAUUUUACUUUUGCUAUGGAUCUAUGUGACUGUUUUUGAUGUUAACGAUUAACAGGGUUUUAACACUGAGAAGAUGUACUGUAGAAACGACACUGCAAAGAAAUGUACACUAACUGGAGAGCAGUCAGUAUAAACCUGCUGCUUUUUGUGCCAUAAUGUAUUUAAUUCUAAGCAUCUCUGUACAGAGACUCCAAGAAAACUCAGACAGCACUGUACAGGCCAGAGAUCAUGCUUUAUAUAUUCAUUUGCAAAUCGAGUAAAUCAGGAAUGGAUUCAUGCCUCGCUCAAACUCUGAUCAUUCAUACUGGUCAGUAUUCAGCCUCACUUACAAGACUUGUUCUGUCUACUGUGGGUGGUAAUGCCUUGUAUGCAUAUUCUCUGUACAUGUUAGAAUCCAGAGUCCAGUUUCCCUAAAGCAUCUUAGCAUUAAGAACAAAUGAACCUGGAAGAGAGAGAGAGUGCUCAGUGUGUACAGCACUAUUACAGGGAACAUAGUUCAUUAAGGUAUUUAGUGAACGAUUACAGUCACCGCAGUCAGUGUGUGAGAUCUUUGCUGCACCACAGCAUAAGUGUUUAUCAAAGUUUAUCAUGUAAACAAUCUCAGCGAUUGUAUCUUCAGAAAAGCUUCAGACCAAACAGUUUACAGAUCAUGGGUAUUUAAUAUCUGAUAGUGUACAUUGUACACUGCACACAAUGUUACAGCAUAGUUGCAUUGUGGGUUUAAACAAUGCACUAAAUAGUCUGCACUACAUUUUUGGACUCCAUUUCAAACUGGAAGAAGUCUAGUAGAAGUAGUGCCCUAAGUAGUGAAUAGGGUACAGAUUCUGACACAGCUUACAUCUUAUAUUUUCUUACGAUAUGUAGUCCCUUUUUUAGUCUUUUCACUUUCACUAAAACGUAUUAACUUAUAUACUUAAUGAACAACAAAUGAAAUAAAUGAAGAAGUGUUCCAGCAGUCUAAAGUGCUGACACUGAUUGGGGGAUUGCUGGUUCAAAUCCCGGUCAUGUAGCUUGCCAUCAGCUGCCCUGAGAGAGCACAGUUGGCCUUUCUUUCUCUGUGUGGGUAGAUGGUGCUCUUUCCCCUCAUCACUCCAAAGGGGCACAAGGCGUCUGUGAGCUGAUCUAUCAGAACCGAGUCGCUGCGCUUUCCUCCGAGCGCACUGUGAUGCUACUUGGUAAUGCUGCAUCAUCAGCAGUUUAAAAAAAAAAGGUUGGUGGUUGACUUUACCUGUAUCAGAGGAGGCAUGUGCUAGUCUUCACCCUUCUUGUGAGUAACAUCUGACUAGCAGCUGAAUGGGUGGGACAAUUGGCCUAAAAAAUUUAAAAAAUACAAAAAAUAAAAAAUGGUCUCUGGCAUGUACAGUAUUGUAUUAUAAAUGUGGGAAAUGUGCCAAAUCUAACACAGAUGUGUCAAAUUAGCUGCAUAUGAGCACUUUUCUGAGGGGGGUGGAUGGUUGCUUUGAUCCAUAAUCAUAAAUAAUCUGAUACUGAUGAUAUAUAACUAACUGGACUCAUUCUUGCAGGCACCAGACUGAACAGCAGUGAUUUGUCUCAGCACAGAUGGUUCAGUUCUGAUGAUGCUUCUCUCUUAUUUGAUUUAGACUAAAAAAGAAGAAGGUCACAACAAUUUAAGUGGCAAUAAAAUGUGUCAGGUUAAUGAAACAGUGUUAUAAGCACAAUUCAUUUUAAAUAUGAGAUUUUAUUCAGUCUGUAUCUUCUGGUAGGUCUUGGUUUAUGCUCCAUUCAUGAAAUGCUCCUACAGAUUUAUUUUGCACAGGAACAGAAGGCUCUGUGGAUUGGCAGUAAUGAUAAGAGGUGAUGAGAAGUGCAGUUUACAGAGGAGCUCCAGACAUCUGGACCAUUUUAGACAGUAAAGUUAAUUAACUAGCUAAUUCCUAGAUACUCAUUAAAAGCUACUUGUAAAUUUAAAUGCACUGAUAAGCCUUAUCUUAAAAUAAUGAUAAAACUGGAGCAACUAUCAUUGGUUGUUAAAAUAUUUGAAUUUCAGUUUUAUUUAAAAGCUCAUUUUUAUCACUCACACACCUACCUGUAAUUUUUAAAUAUGGUUUACGAUCAUCUUGGCCUUCACCGAUCAAGCAUAACAUUAUGACCACUUCCUUAUUUCUACAUCCAUUCGUUUUUUACCUCCACUAAGCUCUUUUUAUUUGUAUAAUAAAAGACUAGUAGUAGUCCUCCUUUUACCUUGUUUAACAAUGGUCAGGACACUGAUGUGGUAAUGGUGAUUAGUAUACUAUAGUAUAGUAUAUAAAAAUAAGAGACCACUUAAAAAGGAUGAGUUUGAUUUUACCAAAUUGAAAACCUUUAGAAUAUAAUCAAGAGGAAGAUGGAUGAUCACAAGCCAUCAAACCAAGCUAAUGUGCUUGGAUUUUUGCACCAGAAGUAAAGGCAUAAAGUUAUCCAAAAGCAGUGUGUAAGACUGGUGGAGGAGAACAUGCCAAGAUGCAUGAAAACUGUGAUUAAAAAAAACAGGGUUAUUCCACCAAAUAUUGAUUUCUGAACUCUUAAAACUUUAGGAAUAUGAACUUGUUUUCUUUGCAUUAUUUGGGGUCUGAAAGCUCUGCAUCUUUUUUGUUAUUUCAGCCAUUUCUCAUUUUCUGCAAAUAUAUGCUCUAAAUGACAAUAUUUUUUAUUUUGAAAUAGCAAAAUCAGAGAAACUGAUUCAGAAACUGAAGUGGUCUUCUGAUUUUUUUCCAGAGCUGUAUACCUAUAAAAAGCUCCUCUAUGCUGAGUGGAAAAGAUGAAAUUGGUCAUAAUGUUAUGCUUAUUCAGUGUAUAUUGAUAUUCGAGUGCUUACAAUUUCAGCACAGCGAGACUAUGCAGUUAUCAUUCUAAAAAAGACAUUUGAAAGGAACAGCUUUGGAGAGAAGCUGCUGGGCCUGUCAGCACUGAGUAUGAAGUGUGAUACACAUGUUCUACCUGCUGCCCGGUUCUGUAAAUGAUGCUUUAGCGUGUGUAAGAUUUAUGGGUUUUGGAUUACUCUCUUAAUUGAUGUGUGCACAAUAGAUUUAAUGUAUUUCUAAACCAGUGUACCAAUAAACUCAGUUACUAAACGCUCA